GUAGAAUUCUCCCACGCUGGUCUCGCGCCACCGCGCGCCAGCUGACUGUUAAAGCUGCCGCCCCUACAUUCUACAAGCGGGCAUUUUGGAUUAGCGGACAAAGAUCAACAGAGAGAAAAAUCCUAAGGAUAAAGGAGAGGAUCCUGAGUGCCUGCUCUGCUGCCCUGACUCCUUGAGCAGAGUCAUCAUGCCUCGGGGUCAGAAAAGUAAGCUCCGUUCCCGGGAGAAACGCCGCCAGGCCCGGAGCGAGAUUCAGAGGCUCCAGGGUGCUCAGGCCACUGCUGCCGAGGAGGAAGACACCGUCUCUUCCUCCCCUCCCCUAGGCGAUAGCGAUCCCCAGAGCUCCUUUGCUGCUUCUGGGUCCUGCGGCAAAUCCAAGCGGCGGCAGAGAGGCCCAGCCGCCACUACUGCCUGUCGUUCGCGACAAAGAUCCAAUGGAGGUGCCCAGAGCCAAGAUGGGGAAAGAGCAAGCACUUCCCAGGCGCUGUCCACUACUGAUAGUUCAUUCACAACCCGUCUAGAUCAGAAGGCAGUUUUGUUGGUGCAAUUUAUGUUGCGUAAAUACAACAAGAGAGAGCUGAUAACAAAGAAAGAUUUGCUGAAGUAUGUCACUAAAAAGUACAAGAUGCACUUCGAUGAGAUUCUCAGGAAAGCCGCUGAGCUUAUGGUGCUAGCUUUUGGUAUUGAUGUGCAGGAAAUUGAUUCGGCCAAGCACUACUAUGCCCUUGUCCGCCAGUUGGAUCAUACCGGUGAUCCAAGAAUGAAUGGUGAGAUCAUGCCCAGGAGUGGCCUCCUGAUGACCAUCCUGUGUGUGAUCUUCAUAAAAGGCAACUCUGCUCCUGAGGAAGACAUCUGGGAAGUGCUUAAUGUGAUGGGGAUAUAUGCCGGAGAGAACCACUUCAUCCAUGGUGAGCCCAAGAAGCUCAUCACUCAAGAUUUGGUGCAGGAAAGGUACCUGGAAUAUCGCCAGGUGCUCAACAGUGAUCCUCCAUGCUAUGAGUUCCUGUGGGGCCCAAGAGCACACGCUGAAACCAGCAAAAUGAAAGUCCUUGAGUUUUUGGCCAAGAUGCACAACACAGUGCCCACUGCCUUCCCAGCCUGGUAUGAAGAUGCCGUGAUAGAUGAGGAAGAGAGAAUGAGAUCCAGAUUUGCAGCUCUGUUCCCAGUGCACAUCCCAGAGUCAGUUCCAACAGUUUCUCCAACCACUAGUGGAAUCUAAGGGGACACUAACCUAUCAUAUCUGGGUUUCUGGUCUACUUAAGUGACCCAUAGCAUUGUCUUUUGCUGAUUUUGAAAGUUUACACAUGUUUCUUUGAAAAAAGUUUAAUUAGUUUCAGAUUCUAAGUUCAUGAAUGCUGUUGGUUUCAUAUUUACUGUUAUUUAAUAGGCUUAAGAGUGUUGUUAAUAAAACAAAUAGAGAAAUUUUCCAUGUUAUUUAGUGAUCUGCAACAAGAAAACAUGGCAAUAGAAUAGGCAUUUCCUUAGAAAUGUGAAAGAAAGCAGCAGUAAAAUAGAAUUUAAAAAUGGAGAAAAGUAAAAGAUGAUACAUUCUCAGUUUCCUUUAUUUCCUUCUAUUCUGUUCUGCAAAAUAAAAGUUA